CGCUUUCAGAAGGCUGUGGUUUAUUCGCGCGUUUAGAACUGUUGAUUUUCUCGUCGGGAGGGAGGACAUUUCCUUUGUCAACUUACAAGCUUUUGAUUUUAUUAGGCCUAUAUUUUCCCCACCCAAGGUCAAGAUUUUUUCGUUGCUGUUAAUUUUCAACGAAACUUUGCGCGUAUCGGUGGUGCGGGGCAACAGUGUGUCUGCCGAGCGCACAGCAGGGUUUUAGUCACCUGGCUGCAGCAGCUGACUUGUGUCUUACGGAAAGCGGGGUUGCCAGGCAGUUGCCAAAGAAAACUAGCAGUUGCUAGUUAGCAAGUCAGUCAGCUAGCCAGCUCUUUCCUCUCUCUGCCACAUUAAGUCCCACCCUCACGGAGCGCGCGGACGUUGGGCUGCAGCGGUGAAGUCCAGUCUAUUUCUCCCCUUCUGAACCAGCCAGCAUCCUUAUACACCUGGUUGGUUGGCAAGGGAAGAUCAUCCCCAUUUUUGUCGCUUAGCAAAGUUAGGUCAGACUAACCUUUUACCUCUGGCUUUAACGUUCGCAAAUAGUCACCUGUAGAGAAAACGGUCGCUACCCUGGCAGAGAGACUGUGUAAAAAGAAGAAACGAAAUAAGAAAGAACAAGGAAGACGCAGAGGAGGAGGUGACUGGCUAGUUUAGCCGGGGAGAGAGAAUUCCAUAUAAACACUACCACCAAGCCACACACAACCAUGAGUAUUGAGAUACCAGUAGGGUUGACGGAACUUCUGCAGGGCUACACGGUGGAGGUGCUGCGACAAAGGCCGUCAGACUUGGUGGAAUUUGCAGUACAGUACUUCACCCGUUUGCGAGAUUCCAGAGGUCAGGAUGGGGCCGGCACCGGUGCCAAGCAAGGGAAAGGAGUAAUGUUUGAUGGGGAACCCAUGCAGACAGAGUCUAAUGGAGAUGACGAGGAAGAUGAUGACUCUGACUUUGAGCCUCCACCUCCUAGCAGAUUCAACAGGAGAGUGUCAGUGUGUGCAGAGGCGUUCAACCCAGAUGAUGAUGACGAGGACACUGAACCAAGAGUGGUCCACCCAAAAACAGACGAACAGCGCUGCAGACUGCAAGAAGCCUGCCGAGACAUCUUACUCUUUAAAACACUAGACCAGGAGCAGUUCUCGCAGGUGCUGGAUGCCAUGUUUGAGUUAAAGGUUCAACCCCAAGAGCACGUCAUCGAUCAGGGACACGAUGGAGACAACUUCUAUGUCAUAGAGAGGGGUAUUUAUGACAUUGUGGUAUCAGGAAAAUGCGUGGGUCAGUACAACAAUAAGGGCAGCUUUGGAGAACUGGCACUCAUGUACAACACACCGCGUGCUGCCACCAUCAUCGCCACUCAGGAGGGAGCACUAUGGGGUCUGGACCGUGCUACAUUUCGUAGACUUAUUGUUAAGAACAACGCCAAGAAAAGAAGGAUGUACGAGACGUUCAUCGAGUCUGUGCCCUUACUCAAAACACUGGAGCCAAAUGAAAGGAUGAAGAUAGUGGAUGUACUUGGAAUGAAGCAGUUCUUAGAUGGCGAACGCAUUAUUGCACAGGGAGAAAAGGCGGAGUGUUUUUACAUUGUAGAAUCUGGAGAGGUCAAAAUCAUGAUGAAGAGUAAAACGAAGGCAGACCACGCAGACAAUGCGGAGGUGGAGAUAACACGCUGUAGCAGAGGUCAGUACUUCGGGGAACUGGCUUUGGUCACUAACAAGCCCCGGGCCGCCUCCGCCUACGCUGUGGGAGAUGUCAAGUGUUUGGUAAUAGACGUUCAGGCUUUUGAGCGCCUCCUGGGUUCCUGUAAGGAGAUCAUGAAGAGGAACAUCUCCCACUACGAAGAGCAGCUGGUGGCUCUGUUUGGCUCCAGCAUGGACCUGAGAGACUGAGCCUCCAACACCACCGUCCGUGCCUUCUUUAACACACACACAAACAGACACACAUGCUCAAACAAGUCCUCCCCGGCUUCAUUCAGCCGCUAAAUGAGCCCAAAAGCUGAACACACAGAUUCCCGUGUCAUCUACAUCCACAUAUCCCUGACGUUUUUAGACAUGUUAGCUCGUUCACACAUCUGUGGCGGGCACUGAGAGACGCACACUUCAUUUAGUCUGCUCUCCCUUAAGCACAUACCAGUUUAUCAAAUUCCUCAAUAAGCUGAUGCAGUUUUAUGUUGAUAAACACACACACACACACAACUAAAGGCCACACACUUUUUUUGAGCCAGCUUCAACCUCUCAGUAUGUCUUUGCUACAACGGCCCUUAUCCAGGCUAAGCAGUAUAAGAAGAGAAAGUGUACAAGCACUCCAUACAUGCAUUUAGCAAACACAUCCUCAUCCCUCAUGUGUGCAAGCUUUUUACAUCGACAUGAGCUUCUGAGCAACUCUGUUGUUCCAAGCCUCAGCCAAGGACACAUCCACAUGCAGGCACACACAGGUAAAGGUACAUUUGUGCACAAACACAGCCACAUCUGCAAAAACUGACAAAUUGUUGAGAAGCUCGACUUCUCUAAACAGAAAGAAAAAAAAAAUGUUUGAAGAAAAAAGGAAAAAUGCAAAUAUAAAAAAAUAAAGGUUAAAGGAAAACGUACGUUUCAGAAACAUUUUAUGAUGAUGAAAACAGAUGCUUUGAUAAAAAUAUUUAAAUUAAAGUGUUUCCUCUUUGGGAGACCUGGGGUGCAGAAAUGUGUGAGUUUGCUCCAUUUCUUCCUACACUGUUGGUGAUUGAACUCAGUUUUUGGUGGUGAGUAUUACAGGACCACAGAGGAAGACGUAAAAACAAUAACCCCACCUUUUCUGGGCCAUUGUUCUUCUGUCAUUGCCCCCACUCUUCAUUGUAUUGAAUUAAUUAAUAUUAAUGUAUUAUUACUAUAUAUUCCUUUAGUUUUGUUUUACUUUCACAAGUUCAUGUUAAAAUCCACCAUUCAUCUCUGACAAAUGUAAAAAUGGAAAAAAAUCUAAUAAAAUGUUAGUGCUUAAUUCAUUGAAUGAGUUGUCCUGGAUUUAAAGAGUUUAAAAAAAUAAAAGUGAACAUUUGGUAAAA